UAUAUAUUUGCAUUUAUAUUUUGAGCUUUAUAUUAAGACAUAACGUCCAAAAACAAAGUGGUAUGUCGCUUUUGGUGCCUUUACUAUACAUAUACUCUGUACAUAUACUUUACGUUUUGAAAGUUUAAAUACUCACACUUAAAAAUUAAAACAAUAAGAAUGUUAGGUAUUUUGUUAUUAGUACCCAGGCAUUGGUACUUCUACUCCUUAUUGCGCACGUCCGUGAUUUUCCUGACGGACACGAUCGGCUCGCAAAUGCGGCAGCGAAACGGCAGACGGAAAAACGCGAAACGAGUCUGAGAAAGAGCUCGUUUGCCCUUUGAGGCAGGCAGUGCUCGCGGCUAUUCUUAGGGAACCUUUAUCGGUCGCGGUGUCUAUUUGUGAAACGCGUUGUAUUACUCAAAACAUCGGCGAGGAGCACCGCGAUGAAUCUGCGAUCGGCGAAGUGGAUGGACUGACCAAUUAGUCGGAUUAAAGAUAUGGGUUACGCCGUCUUGGAGGACUUCCUUCGACCACACGAGAUUGAGGAAUUAAGGUCUUGCGGACAAUAUUUUACGAAAAAUUUACCACCUGAAUCGGAACGAGAGAUAUUCGAUACUAAAAAUGAACAACAAGCUGAUUAUUUUCUGGAUAGCGCUAACAAAAUAAGCGUAUUCUUCGAGGCUGAGGCUCUAGAAAAAGACGGAGCGCUGAGAGUGAAUCCAGAAGUAUCAUUAAACAAAGUGGGUCAUGCGCUUCACUGGUUGCAUCCCUCUUUCAAAAAGUACACUUUCGACGAAAGAGUCAAAGAAGUCGCUUUUCAACUUAAUUAUAAAGAACCGGCGGUAUGUCAGUCAAUGUACAUUUACAAGAACCCCACGAUAGGUUCGGAAGUAACAACGCAUCAAGACGCAACGUAUUUGUAUACCGAGCCGGCAACACUCUUGGGUUUCUGGAUCGCUUUGGAUGACGCUACGCAGGAGAAUGGAUGUCUAUGGAUCGCACCGGGUUCACACAAGAGUGGAGUGCACAGGCGCUUCAUAAGAAACAAAGAAUCGUGUUCUAAGCAAUUAUUAGUUUUCGACAAAGCUGCGCCUCAUUAUUCGCAGAGCUGCUUCACCCCCGUGCCCGUACGCAAAGGCACCUGCAUUCUCCUCCACGGUCAAGUUCUUCAUUUCUCUGCUCCAAAUAGAAGCAACCUACCGAGACAUGCUUACACCUUCCAUGUGAUCGAAACUCACGAUGUGACUUAUGCGAAAGACAAUUGGCUUCAACCACUCGCUUGUGGUUUUCCAAAGCUCUAUCUAAAUUAGAUACAUCGUACUAAUUAGGAAUCAUCGUUCAUGGAGUAUACACGCAUCGUAUCGCACACGUACACACAAACGUACAUGUAUAUACGCACUGAUGAUCUUGCUACGGUUAUGCAAAAGAGAAUUUAUUUUUUCCAUAACAGUAUGUAAAAAAAUAACAUUUGACGUACAACUUAGCAACGAUCAAAAGAAAAUAACAACAGAUAUAUCACAGUUAUUUCUGUAACGAUGGUAUUCUACGUUACUGUCUUAUAACCCUAAUUUAAUUAAUAUAAGUACAUAUGCAGUGGGUAAAAGAAAAAAAGUAUGCGCAUGACCCUCUAUCUCUUUCUCUCUCUCUUUUUCCUAGAAUUAAUUUAUAUCAAAAGAGAAAAAUAUUAUUGUGCAAAAUCUAUAUCAAAAUCUAUUAUUAAUAGUCUUUCUUAAUACAUCGAAUAAUACAUAGAAAUAUUCGAACAUUUUUCUUUUAUAUUCUUUUAUCAAAAAAAGAGAAAGGAUAUCAUCUUGUAUUUUUUUUAAUAUUUACAUAUCAUGUUUCUUUUAUCCACUGCUUUUUUAAUAUCUAUAUGUUAUUUUUUUAAUAACUGUGGUUUUUCAAAUAUAUUAUUUUUUUCUUUACCUUUCUCUCUUACAUGUGUAUAAAUUAUAUUAUACGAUUAAAUUAUUCUAUUACAAACAUUUAAGUAUAGUGCGCGAUAAUGUGUGCCUAACUCUUGUAGUUGUCUCAAACCAACCUUCAAUACUUCUUUUUUUAAUAUGAUACAAUAAAAUAUAUCCAAAAGUUCUACA